UAGGAAGAGCUUCACUCGCGUUUAAAAACGAAUUGCUUUCUUUAUCGGAAACAUCCACGUCUGUGUCAAAAACCUGACGUUUGAGUGAGUGCUCUCGAUCUAUAGACGAUCUUUGCGUUUACCUGUCGCCUAGGAUACUUUGCCCUCCUCUGCUUGUCCUGCGAGCCUCACGAUUGGCGGGUGAGUGAUGGAGGAAGUGCGGCACUGCUGGAAGUUCGUUACUUUCUUUCACAAAACGUUCAGAGCCGAAGACAAAAUAAGAUAAGGAGUCUUGUUAAAAACAUUGAAAAAAAAAGAAAAUCUGGAGAAAAACGUCAACUGAAUUCAGUUAUUUCGAGAAAUCGCUCAGUUUCGCGAUGGAGUUCGGUGAGGAUUCGUCGCCUGCUCUGGCUUUUGAGAAGGACGCUUUUCAGCUCACGGUCGAGGAUGUUUAUGACAUUUCCUACGUAAUCGGACGGGAUUUAUUGAAGAUCGGCAGCACGGGAGAAGAAGUGUCGGAUCUGCAGUUCAGGAUAGUCAGAGUUCUGGAGAUGUUCGAAACKUUGGUCAACAAAUACAACCUGUCUCUGGAGGAGUUGAAAAUGGAGCGGGACAACCUGAAGAGUGAGCUGGACAGGAUGAUGAAGGAGGGUUCCGUCUCCGGACAGAGCAGACAAUCGGGGGGACCCAAUCAGCUGGUGGUGGACCUGACCGACCCCAACAGACCGCGCUUCACCAUGCAGGAGCUGAAGGAGGUCCUGCAGGAGAGGAACCAGCUGAAGGCCCAGCUCAUGGUGGCCCAAGAGGAACUCCAGCUGUAUAAGAGUGGGAUUCUGCCACAAGCCGAACCAGCCAAGGUGGAAGUGGAUCUGAAUCCACCAGCAGCUCCGGAGGACAGUUCAWCAACAAUAAAUGAGAAGACGACCAUAGGAAAACUGUUUUCAUUCAGGCGAAAAUGAAGAAAAAAAUAAAGCUUUUCACGAGAAUGGACCACGUAAGAGGCAAACUGGAUUUGUCUGCACAAUUUAACCACUUUUGUAAUGUUUUUUUUACAUGCUUUUGUUGUCAUUCCAACAUUUUGUACUGGAAAUUUUAGCCUAAAGUUGUUUAGUAUUAGUCGCUGUAGCUGAACUCUAAAUUUUGUAAAAAAAUAAUUGAGCUCAAGAUAACUGGAAAGUAUUAUCAGUGUUGUUAAACGCACUGUUUUUAUUUUUAUUUUAGAAAUCAAAAUGAAGUCAUAAACAACCAAAACCCCACCUUCACAGGAUGUCAGGAUAACAUUGUUUUAUGUCUGGGAGUAAAUAUGUCAAGGGUUCUGUUUUUGUUUUGUAUUAAAAAGCAAGAUAUAGCUGCCUACAACCAAGUUUCCAUAAGCUAUGUGUAAAAUGAGCAUGAAUGUUUUUGUAUGCACUGCUCAGUUAUGUCAUAAAACAAGAAUGUUGGUUUUCAGUUGGUCUAAAAUUACAUCGAUGUCUUAAUAUUUGUUGUAGAUUUUACCCCUCUAAGUAUGAUUUUGUUUAUUAGGUUGUAAAAGUCAAUUUUAUCAUUAAACUCAAGUGUUAUCCCACAACUCAGUACCUGUUUGUCACAGCUGGAUUAGAAAUGCAACUGCUUUAUUCCUCAAUAUACAGCUCAGAUAGUUUACAACCAGAAAUGAAUUUGUUGCACAAAGUAACAGCACCUGAAGAGAAAAAAAUAUAUAAAUUCAUGUUUCCACCCAACUGCUAGUUUACCUAGAAAAAUAUAAAAGCACAAUAAAAACAAUCAUUUUUGCAAAAAUACUCUGAACUAGCUGAAGUUUUAACCUUCAGCUAGAAAAAAAAAUACAUGUUUAUACUUCAUA